CUCUGAGCUCGCCAAUCAUUCUAGCGAGUUUCCCCACUCUUUUUUUUCUCUCCCUCUCUCUUCGCGUCGUUCCAUGUGCACCGAGCGCACGGCUCUCUCCUGAGCGGACACUGCAGGGGGAAGAAACGAACGAUCUCAUCAUGGAAUAGGAAUACUGCUGGACAAAACUGGGGAAAAACCUCAUAUCUUUCUUCUUUCCCCCCUUUCUGACGCCUUUCCCCCCCUCUUUCUCUAUCUCUCUUGCAUCUCCCCACUUUCUCUCUUUCCCGAUGUCUCUCAACAGUUUCUGAAAGGAUUAAAGCAAAGAAAAAUGAGGAUUAUUAUUUUUUCCUGGCACUUUCUCGGGCUGUAUUCCGCCCUGUGGGGACUGGCGACAGGGGCUUUCCCCAGCUCGGUGCAGAUAGGUGGGUUGUUCAUUAGGAAUACUGAUCAGGAGUAUACAGCGUUUCGGCUAGCUAUCUUCCUUCACAACACCAGCCCAAACGCUACGGAAGCGCCCUUUAACCUGGUCCCGCACGUCGACAAUAUAGAAACGGCCAACAGCUUCGCCGUCACCAAUGCAUUCUGUUCCCAGUAUUCCAGGGGGGUCUUUGCCAUCUUCGGCCUUUACGACAAGCGCUCGGUGAACACGCUGACGUCGUUCUGUGGGGCCCUGCACAUCAGCCUGGUGACGCCCAGCUUCCCCACAGAAGGAGAGGGCCAGUUCACCCUGCAGCUGCGGCCGUCCAUCAGAGGGGCUCUACUUUCGCUGCUGGACCACUACGAUUGGAGCCGAUUUGUCUUCCUCUACGACACAGACAGAGGUUAUGCAAUACUGCAGGCAAUUAUGGAGAGAGCAGGGCAGAACGGAUGGCAGGUGAGCGCUAUCUGUGUCGAGAGUUUCAAUGAGGCAGCGUACCGACGACUUUUAGAAGACCUGGACAGACGCCAGGAGAGGAAAUAUGUCAUUGACCUGGAGCCUGAGAGACUACAAAACAUCCUUGAACAGGCUGUCAGCGUGGGAAAACAUGUAAAAGGUUACCAUUACAUCAUAGCAAACCUGGGUUUUAAGGACAUAUCUCUGGAGAGGUUCAUGCACGGCGGAGCCAAUGUGACAGGUUUCCAGCUGGUGGACUUCAGCAGAGCUAUCGUUAUUAAAUUGAUGCAGCGCUGGAACAAACUGGAUCAGAGAGAGUACCCCGGAUCUGAAAGCCCACCUAAGUAUACCUCGUCUCUAACAUAUGAUGGCGUCCUUGUAAUGGCCGAGGCCUUCCGCACCCUUCGGCGUCAGAAAAUUGAUAUUAGUCGUCGUGGUAACGCUGGGGACUGCCUUGCCAAUCCAGCUGCUCCUUGGAACCAAGGAAUAGAUAUGGAGCGUGCUCUCAAACAGGUGCGCAUUCAAGGCCUGACGGGGAACAUUCAGUUUGAUCACUAUGGUCGGAGGGUCAACUACACUAUGGACGUGUUUGAACUGAAGAGCAACGGACCACGCAAGAUUGGCUACUGGAACGACAUAGACAAACUUGUGUUGGUCCAGACUGAAAGUACUCUAUCCAAUGACAGCACAGCCAUGGAGAACCGGACGGUAGUCGUGACGACCAUCAUGGAGGGUCCCUAUGUGAUGCUGAAGAAAAACUGGGAACUUUAUGAGGGAAAUGACCAGUUCGAGGGAUACUGUGUGGACUUGGCCUCUGAGAUCGCCAAACACAUCGGAAUCAAAUACAAGAUAUCCAUCGUACCGGACGGGAAAUACGGAGCCAGAGAUCCAGAGACGAAGAUAUGGAAUGGCAUGGUGGGAGAACUUGUGUAUGGGAAGGCAGAAAUUGCAGUGGCCCCACUGACCAUCACUCUGGUGAGAGAAGAGGUGAUCGACUUCUCGAAGCCCUUCAUGUCUCUGGGAAUCUCCAUCAUGAUCAAAAAGCCGCAGAAAUCCAAACCAGGAGUUUUCUCCUUCCUGGACCCACUGGCCUACGAGAUCUGGAUGUGCAUAGUGUUCGCUUACAUCGGAGUCAGUGUUGUGCUCUUUCUGGUGAGUCGCUUCAGCCCGUAUGAGUGGCAUGCCGAGGAGCCAGAGGAGGGUACAACCGAGCAGGGCCCCACUGACCAACCUCCCAACGAGUUUGGCAUCUUCAACUCCCUCUGGUUCUCCCUGGGAGCCUUCAUGCAACAGGGCUGCGACAUCUCGCCAAGGUCUCUGUCUGGACGUAUUGUCGGAGGUGUGUGGUGGUUCUUCACACUCAUCAUCAUCUCCUCCUACACAGCCAACCUGGCUGCUUUCCUCACCGUGGAGAGGAUGGUGUCCCCCAUAGAGAGUGCAGAGGACUUGGCCAAACAGACAGAGAUAGCCUACGGAACGCUGGACGCAGGCUCUACCAAGGAGUUCUUCAGGAGGUCCAAAAUAGCCGUAUACGAGAAGAUGUGGUCAUAUAUGAAGUCUGCUGAACCGACUGUCUUCACCAAAACCACAGGCGAAGGUGUGGCGAGGGUGCGCAAGUCCAAGGGGAAGUACGCCUUCCUCCUGGAGUCCACCAUGAACGAGUACACAGAGCAGCGCAAGCCCUGUGACACCAUGAAAGUCGGGGGAAACCUGGACUCCAAAGGAUAUGGGAUUGCUACACCGAAAGGCUCACAGUUAAGAAACGCGGUCAACCUGGCCGUUCUAAAGCUCAACGAGCAGGGCCUGUUGGACAAAUUGAAAAACAAGUGGUGGUAUGACAAAGGAGAAUGUGGCAGCGGGGGAGGGGAUUCCAAGGACAAGUCGUCUCAGGCUCUGAGUCUGUCCAACGUGGCCGGGGUCUUCUACAUCCUUGUUGGCGGUCUGGGCCUGGCCAUGCUGGUGGCCCUGGUCGAGUUCUGCUACAAGUCCCGAGCAGAAGCCAAACGCAUGAAGCUGUCUUUUUCUGAAGCCAUGCGGAACAAGGCCCGUCUUUCCAUCACAGGAAGUGUGGGGGAGAAUGGCCGCGUCUUGACGCCAGACUGCCCCAAAGCCGUGCAUGCUGGCCACGCCCCUCUCCGACACCCCGGCCUUGCAGUGGUCUCCUCUGGACUGCCCUGAAAACCAAAAACACCUGCCGUGCCUUAACGACACACCAACAUACAGACUGGGACAAAGACACAUACACACACACACACACACACACACACACAGACACAUGUGCUUACAUACAAUCGCACACAUGUCAUUAUCAUGCAUAGAAACACACACACAUGAAGACAUGAAUACAAUUUCAGAUACUUAAAUGCAAAUACUUCUAUUAAAAAGUGAACACACAGACACACAGUGCACAUCCUCAUCUCACUCUCCUGCUGCCAUUGACUUCUUUUCCAAGAGACAAGAGAAAUACAACUGUGGAGAGAAGAGUGGAUUUAAAAAAAAAAAAAAAAACGUAACAAAGGACAUCUCUGACUCUCACACUUGCCUGCAGCAGCCAUAUAAUUAUUUCCGGAGAGGAAAUCCUCCUGAUAUCGUCAUACCUUCAGAAAGCCAGCACAGACUGACAUGAAAUGAACUUUGAGCUGUGAACAUGACCAUCUACCUGAUCAUGAUGAUGAUAGUGAUAAAGAUGAUGAUCACAGCCGACAGUAUAUAUAAAGAAAAUACAACCAAACAGUUCUGCUCCUGCUCUGUCGUCAUUUGGACGAUGUUGGCCAGUAUGCCACACCCCUUGACAACGCCUUACUAAGACUCCAAAACAUUGUUUUCAUCAUCAUCAUCAUCAUGGUCAUCUUUACUUGCCUGCAAAGACUGAGUGCCAGGUUUUAUCACCCUUAGAAGACCAGAAAACUGUAACCUUGAACGUUCAGACUGUGCAAACCCACUCCUUUUUCUUUUUGCCAUGGACUGUUCGAAUUGAAUGAAAAAUUGCUUUCUUCUUACGCAUAGAGAAUGAUUUCUCGCCCCAUUCUGGUGAGAUAAUCACGCCGGUAUAGAACAGAAGUAACCUCCCACACACUUACGUGCGGCUGAUCUCGGCUGCAGAACUCACAGGGGGUUUGUAAAAGAAAAGAAAAAAACACGAGUAAUUCAAGAAGUCCUUCAUCAACAGCAUCUUCAUGGCAGUAGAUAUGCUAAAUAGCAUAGAGGUAAAGGCGAGGUUUAAACUGUAUAUUCAGUUGUGGGAAAUAAAAAAUACGACACAUGAGCAGAUCUCAUAUGACUACCUAACAAAGUGCUUCUCAACCUCACACCGGGACCUUAUAGAAGACUGCAAAGCGAAUGAUUGGAGAGAGAAAAAAGGUAUCUGGGAUAGCAAAAAUUCAGCCUCUAUGUCUGCUUGAAUGAAGAUACAAAUUUCCAGACACUGAAAAAAACAAAACAAAUCAAAGUACUUUAAAACAAGGGUGGUACAAAAGGUUGAGAACCGCCGGCCACAUGCUCUGUGCACUUCCACUCUACUUGAAGACCUUUAGAUUCAGCUUUCAGUUUCUGAAAAAGUAACGAGUCUUACGGGCAGUUUGGUCGUCAUGUGAGAUCCUCAUUCUUUUUUCCAGUGUUUGGAGAAAGGUUCCAUUAUCAGAAAAGCUUGCUUUUUAAAACUGUUGUAAAUAACUGCGUAGCAAAACAGAACUCACCUGUUUGUUUUUUUUCAUCAUCUUAGAUAACAAUUCAUUGCAAUAAUGAAUAUAAAAGAAAAAAAUGCCACUACUUGUAAUUAAGAUCAGAUCUUUUUUUAUAAAUCUACAUAUUAUAUAUAAUACAAAUGAAUAUAUAUCUAUACGUCUAUAGAGAGCUAUAGAAGACAUUGAUCACAGAUUGUCAGAGGCCAUGGCAUACAUUCUGUUAUAUGGCUGGUUUUCUUUUCUUUUGAUAACUUGAGAAUAUUAAUAUGCCACUGUCUUUGUGCGUCCAGCUCAACACUGAAUGUCCAUCUGGUACUCACAUGGACACACACGUACGAUGGAAAGGCAUGCACACACAUUGUUGCAUACACAGGGUCAGCUCAGAGUGAUUGCUUCAGCACCAUGAGACGUUUGGGCGAUUUUUUAUUUAUUUUCGGCCUGUUUGUCUGUUUUUUCACAAGUAGUUCUUCACUGUUUGUCACUGUCCAACUGUUGUUUUUACUCCUGUAAUCUUCUGUCUGCGAGCUCUACAUGCCCUCUGGAACAGCAUGCAGAUUACAGUCUUCAACACUUGGAGGCCAGAACACUUUCAGGGUGGCCUCAGGACAGGAGGGGGGCCAUUGUGGUUUCAGUGCAGUAGGAAAAUGGAGCGGCCUGACAUUUGGAGAGUGUAGCAUUUGUGUUGCAUUUCCUCAUCGCCUCAGUGCUUUUUGUUAUUUGUCUUCUCACCAGAUGCGAGGCUGCCACACAGUGAAAUCCAACAUGAUCAAAAGCCACAGAUUGAAGAUAGACGCUAAAGAUUGGAAUCAUAAUUGAGCCGGGUAUGCACUUUUUCUUGUGGACAUAAUUGGAUCCAUUCAAUUCUAAAAAGUAGAAUUAGUAAUAUACCAUAUGGCUGCCUGUUUUGGCACAUCCUUUUGCUGCCAGCCUUUGGGAGAGAAAAAUGUUCUUGCAUUAAUAUCGGAGAAAAACAAUUAGCAAAAGAAGAAAGGUUUUCUAUGGACAUUGGUGCAAUUUUACUCCUUUUGUUGCAAUACAAUUAAGCAUGCACAGAUAUUGUGCCAUACAACAUAUGAGGAUUAAUUAUUCCUUAUUGUCUUUUUUUAAUUAUGAUUCAAUUUUCAUUGUGACCUACAUACUGUCUCUAAAAUCCUUCUUGCUCUUUUUCUUGUUUUGUAUUCCCCCUUUCCUUUCUUAAUGCUUCUGUCUCCCCUUCUGCCCCCCUAUAAGACAGAACUCUGUACAAAGUGCAUCUCAGCAAUGACAAGUUACUUUUCUGACCUAUUACACUGCAAAAAUAAUGGGAUAGCUGCUUUGAAUUCUGGACCCGGGACACCAACUGACAAUCUGAGCUUCAUCUGGUUCUCUUUUCUGAACAUUGCAAAGUGUUUUACUUUGUAACCAUUAACAUUUUGCAAAACAAAAAAAACACAGAAGAACUUCAACUUCUUUGAUAAACUCUCUCUCACACACACACACACACACACACACACACUUAGAGACACACACCUCCAAUGCAUCAGUUCUGCAUCAAAUGUGUUCAGGUUAAACUCCAUAUAAAUUGAAUUAUCUUAAAACAACAAGUGUCUCUUUAUGGCUGAAUGGAAUAAGGGAGACCAUUUCCAAUCACCUCUUCUUAGCUCUUGGGAUCAGUGCAGCAGAACUGCAGUAAUCCAGCUUCAGAGAAAUAGUGCAAAUAGUGGAUUUAGAGCUAAAUUACUUUUGUUGAGACAGAUACCACUGAUUUAACUAUCAGGACACCCACACACCUGGAAGUUAAACUUUACAAGAUACUGUUGUGUUGUUGUUUCUCGCCACCUCCAGAACAUUAGAUUUCAUGCAUCGACGGCGAAAAGCUGACCGCUGGGCUGUCAACACUCUGGCUUUAACACACUGUUUCUUUAUUUCUUGAUUUCUGUCUUUCCAUUUGGUUUCUUUUUCUAGUAAAACAUCAAUGCUAAA